AGUGAUGGCUGCGCCCCCGGAUACAGAGAGUUUGGAGUCUCGUAUCAACAGAGCCACAAACCCACUGAACCGAGAGACGGACUGGAGCAGCAUCCACGCCUUCUGUGAGCAGCUCAACAAUGAUUUAGAGGGACCUCAGCUGGCCACCAGGCUCCUGGCCCAUAAGAUCCAGUCUCCACAAGAGUGGGAGGCCAUGCAGGCACUUUUAGUUCUGGAGACGUGCAUGAAGAACUGUGGGAAAAGGUUUCACAGCGAGGUGGGCAAGUUCCGGUUUCUUAACGAACUGAUCAAAGUGGUUUCUCCAAAGUAUUUAGGCUCCCGCUCCCCUGAGGCUGUAAAAAAGAAGGUUUUGGAGUUGAUCUAUAGCUGGACUUUGGGGUUACCUGAUGAGACCAAGAUCUCUGAUGCCUAUCAGAUGCUUAAGAAGCAAGGUAUCAUUAAACAAGACCCGGAGCUUCCACCUGACAAACUACUGAACCUUCCUCCAGCCAGACCCAAGAAUACCAUUUUUGAAGAUGAGGAAAAGUCCAAAAUGCUGUCUCGCCUGUUGACCAGCUCACACCCCGAGGACCUGAAAGCUGCCAACAAACUCAUCAAGGAAAUGGUCCAAGAGGAUCAGAGGCGAGCAGAGAAGGUGUCGAAGCGAGUGAACGCCAUCCAGGAGGUGAAGGAGAGCGUCGCCCUGCUGACUCAGCUUCUGCAGGACUACGACAGAACAGCUACGAAUCAGAGCAAUGCCGAACUGAUACAGGAUUUGUACCAGCGCUGUGAGAAGAUGAGGCCCACGUUGUUCAGGCUGGCAAGUGAUACAGAAGACAACGACGAGGCUCUGGCCGACAUCCUUCAGGCCAACGACAGUCUGACCCAGGUCAUCAACCUGUACAAGCAGCAGGUGAAGGGGGAGACUGUGAACGGAAACAACAUAUUAAACACACAGAAACCUACCGGACGAACAGCGCUGCUGGACCUGUCUGGGUUGGACACGUCACCCCAGUCACCCCCAGAGUUCCCCACUCCGACAGACAGCUUCACUGCUCCCUCGUUGGAAAUGGGGAUCAGUCUCCUUGACGAUGAGCUCAUGUCUCUUGGUCUGAGUGAGGGAACACACAUUUCCAAUCCUCCCUCACAGCCUGAGGACUCCACAGCGUGGGACUCCUUCCAGUCCUCUGACAGCAUCGAUGCGGAUGUCCCAGCAGCACCCAGUGUCCUCCUGAGUCCUGAUCCCCCCUCCCACUCUCAGCCCCCCUUGUCCACCCAGGGGAACUCGGCUCUGGAUGAGUUGGACCUGUUGGGGAAGACGCUGCUGCAGCAGUCCCUGCCUCCAGAGGGCCUGCAGGUCAAAUGGGACAAGCAGCAGUCCAAACCAACUCUCAGAGAUCUUCAGAACAAAUCUGCAGCCAGUGUUGGUUCACACCCUGCUCUACCCUUCGUCUCCGAUCACCCCGCUCCUCCUCCAAACUGUCAGCCCAAACCUGGAGCCACUCUGCUGGACACGUCUCCGGCUCACUUAGAAACUCCUUCUGCUGACGUUACUCUGGCUAAUGUUUUUGUACCUCUAGAAUCUAUAAAGCCCAGUAGUCUUUUACCUGUAACUGUGUUUGACGGACACAGUCUGCGAGUUCUCUUCCACUUUGCUCGGGACUCCCCUCCGUGUCGCCCCGACGUGCUGGUGGUGAUCAUAUCCAUGUUGUCCUCAGCCCCCGCUCCUGUCACCAACAUACACUUUCAGGUCACUGCUCCAAAGUGUUUAGCAGUAAAGCUGCAGCCUCCAUCAGGAGCAGAGCUCCCAGCUUUUAAUCCCAUCCUCCCUCCUGCUGCCGUCACACAGAUCCUUCUCAUAGCAAACCCAAACAAGGAGAAGGUUCGGCUGCAGUUCAGACUAACCUUCAGCGUGGGAGAGCAGGAGCACAGCGAGAGCGGCAGCGUAGAACAGUUUCCUCCUCCGGAGAAGUGGGGGAACCUAUAGCAUCUAAACCCAACCUGAC